AUGGGUAAUGGAGCCUGUCAUUAAUAAGUUCCUUCUAUAGAUGAGGUAAAUUUGGUAGCUAGAAACUUUAAAUAAUAAUUUGAACCUUCUUGCGAAAAUAAAUAUAUGCUACCUCUAUUGAAUUCAUAAUGUCAAAGUCCAUCUAAACCAAGUAUUGAAUCAAAGAAUCCAACUAUUGCCAGAUUAGAGGAAGAUGAAUUUGAAAUUUCAAUUACUAAUGAAGAUAAAUAGAUUGAGGAAGAUUUAUCACCUGUCAGAAAUACUAAAUUAUCUAGAGCAUAGUCUCCUACAAAACUCAUCAAAACUAAACAGCAUUACAAAUAAGAAGAAGUUUAUUUUUUGGAAUUGUUGAAAUAAGAUAAAACAAAUCUUACUAGAAGAAAAUCUGCAGAUAGAUAAUUAAGUCCCGUCAAAGUUAUACAUACAGGUUCAAAGAAACAUAAUACAGCAUUAUUAAUUAAUAGUCCUAAUUAAAGAUCAAAUCAACUUAUCAAAAUGAAUCGGUUAUCUUGUUAACUUGAUGAAGCUGUCAUUAUAUCUAUUGAACCUAAAUCUAUUUUAAAAUCUAUUGGAUCAGAAAAAUCUCUAACCAAUUCUCAAAAAAGUAAAACCAAUAGUUAAAAAAGAGUAAGAUUUGGUAUGGUUUAUCGAUAAUAUAAAUGA